CUGUCUACAGUUUCCUCCAGGCAGGCACAGAAGCUGUCACUUGUGUAGAAGUGUAGAGUUUAGGCUUUACAUCACAGGGGCAGCCGAAAAAAACGCACACACAGAAAGGUCAAAGCCCAAGCGCCAUCGCAAGAGGCCUCCGAGCAGCCUAACGCUUCCAUCAUGGGUGAAAACACCAUCACAAAGCCUCUCGGGCUAGUUUUGAUCGUCACAGCUCACAUGGUGUUCAACGACCCCAGCCAUGCAGAAGUCAUCGGGAUCUUUGGCAGCAACAUCACCCUUCAAUUUACAUUUAAUGUUAGCAUUACUGAAAACAGUCAAAUUGGAAUUUAUACAACAGGCGAGAAAAAGAUUGAUGAUUUGAAAAAUAGAAAAAGUUCCUUUGAUAUUUACCCCCAAAACAAUUCUAUAUUUUACCACAUCACAAAUCUCACUCUAAACCACACUAACACCUACUGGGCCAGUUUACUUGGUGGCAUCCCAAGAAAAAGUAAUGAAGUGAAGCUGAUUGUUGAAGAAAGGAACAUAAGCUGCACAGCUCCACUGCCGUCGACUAAACCCACAGUUCAUGUCAAUGAAAGUUCCAGUUCCUUUCCCACCAGUAACAUCAUCAUCAUCUUCGCGGUUUUACCUGUGGUUCUGUUAGCAACAGUACUCCCAUGGUUGAUCUGUAGUCUCGUGAGACCCAAAGACAAACAACAACAACAACAAAGCCCGCAAAGCUCCACUCCCACAGUGCAGGAAUCAGUGGCGUCGUCGAGCAGCGUCUCUGCACCCUCGGUGAUCUACAGCGUCUUGGACUUCCCCAAAAGACCUCCAACGGUUGUUGAGAUCAACCCAAGAGAUACAGAGUAUGCUGCUGUCAGCUAUUUCACAGAAAAGAGACACAUGUGAUGCACAGCUCACUGUUUGACUAGUGUACAUAACCUAAAUCUAAAUAUAUUAUAAAUAUAAAUUUCUUGUAAGUGUUAAAAAUCCUGCUUUUGUAAUACUAGGACGUCUUAUUGCACUAUAUCUCAAACAAAAGAGUUGGGAGAGGAAGAGUCUGCAUGGGUAGUGUGUAUGUAGGUGUCACUUUGUGUUUGGUGGUCUCGAAAUUGAGAUGCAUGCUGCUGCUGCGGCAAACCUCAAGCCAGAACAUAAUACAGUUACAGUGACAACCCAGCCUCACAGUUAGCUUUCAAUUUUUCUUCCCUGUUAAUUUGUAUCGGGGGUAUCCGGCCGCUAAGGAAUACUUAACGGGCGAUAAAUGAGAUUUUAGAUUUUCUUCAGACCAGAAACGCAAAGCAAGCACUUCCUGUGUAUCCAGAGUCUACUGUACAUCACUGCUCUGGGUCUCACUGUGUUUAACAGCUUGAGUGAACCACACUGUUGCACUAGGUGACAACACAGGAGAUGUAGUGACCCCUACAAACUUUGCCCCCUCUGUAGAGCACCAGAUUUGGGUUGUUCGACCACUGAAAUAGCCUCACUUCUGUUGACUAAAAACUACACUGAACAUUUCUGAUGCUUUUACUAUUUAAAAAUCUUUAAAAACCUGCCAACUAAGCACAUGAA